GAUGACACCGUGGGCCAAGACGACGGAUCUCCAGACUUCUACAUCAACAUCUGUCAGCCUCUGAACCCGAUCCCCGGGGUCACCUGCCCCCCCGGAGCGGCCGUCUGCUCAGAUCCUGAUAAUGGACCCCCUGUGGACAUCGGGCGGUACGACCAGCGGUCCUGAGAUCAACAGCGCUUCAGGAGAAGUGUCCAUCACGUACAGCAGCUCCACGCAGUGUGCAGCUGACCAUGCUCAGAACUACACCUCCACCAUCAUCUUCACCUGCCAGAGGGACUGGAGCUGGGCUCUCCUCAGAUGCUGAGGCUGCAGCAGUGUGUGUAAUCUGUUCGAUGUGGGCGACCCCCUCUGGUGUGUUCGGACACCACCCACACCAACACCAGCGGCUGCCAGCUCACUGACUCCCAGCUGCAGUUCACCUUCGACCUCUCCACCCUCUCUGGCCAAGUCCAGGUACCUGUGAACUCCAGCAUUUACCACAUCAACGUCUGCGGCUCAGUGACAGAGCCGGCCUGUAAGCAGAGUGCCGUCUGCAGGGUGUCUGGUUCUGGUUCAGAGAAGUCCGCCUCGUCUUUUGGGAUCAGCAAGGCCAUGACGAUGGACUUCAAACACGAUGAGGAGGCUGUGCUGAUGCAGUACGGAGGGGGGAUCCAUGCCCACCAGUGACAGAUGAUGGCGACGUUGUGUUUGUUCCCUUCACCUUCCUGAAGAAGUCGUACCACCGAGUGCACCAAAGAUGGACGGUCUGACGGCAGGAUGUGGUGCGCAACGACAGCCAACUACGACACGGACGAGAAGUGGGGGAUCUGCAACGCAGCCUCUGGAAAGCGCCAGUCCUCCAUCCUGUUCAGCUGCGAUCAGUCGGAGGGCCACGGCUCUCCUAAGCUGCUCUCAGAGACGGCGGGAUGUUCGGCCACCUUCCAGUGGCGCACCAGCGCUGUGUGUCCUCCCGUGAAGAUGGAGUGUAAGCUGGUCAGCCAGCAUCAAAACCUUCGACCUGCGGACCCUCUCCUCCCUCACCGAGCCCUGGAGGUUCAGCCACCACGGAGACUCGUACUACAUCAACCUGUGUCAGGGGAUCCACGGCGGGCUCACAGGAUGUCCUGAAGGAGCCACUGUGUGCCGGCGCUCCGCAGCAGGAGCCACACACACUCUGGGGAAGGUUUACACCCAGCAGAUGACCUACACUGAUGGAAAGAUCUCAGUGAGUUACUCAGCGGGAGACGAUGUGUGUGGAAACGGCGUGAAGGCGAAAGACUACGAUCCAGCUGAGCUGCGGCUCCACUGUGGGACAGCCCGCCCUCAUCAGUUUUGAUGAGGCCUCCUGUGAGUUUGUGAUUGGCUGGGAGACUCGCUCGGCGUGUGCGGUGAAGCAGCAUGAGGUGGAGAUGGUGAACGGGACGAUCAAGGUCCCCGACACGGGAGCUAGCCUCAGCCUCGGAGUGCUCUACUUCAGCCAACACGAGGCGUCCGGAGACAUCCGUCCGAACGGCGACCGCUACGUGUACCAGAUCCAGCUGUCCGGCAUCACCAACCCCUCGCUGUCCACCUGCAUCGGAGCAAACAUCUGUCAGGUCAAACUCAACGCAACGUACAGACGCAGGAUCGGAUCCUCCAGCAAGGCCAAGUACUACAUCAAAGGAGGGAACCUGGACGUGAUGGUGCCCUCGGAGUCGGCCUGUGGACGUGAGAAAACCAAAAUGGUGUCGUCCACCAUCAUGUUCCACUGCAACCCGUCGGCAGGCGUCGGCAUCCCAGAGUUCAUGCUGGAGACGGACGAGUGCCAGUAUCUGUUUGUGUGGCACACGGAUGCUGUGUGUGGGCUCACAACUAUUGAUGCAAAGUCCUACGACGACGACGACAGUGAGACUCCAGUGAUCGCCAGACGCAGCCAGACGAUGAGUCUGAUGCUGAGCGCCCUGCUGCUCAGUCUCACCGUGUGCCUGCUGGGACUCCUGCUGCACAAGAGGGAGAGGAGAGAGCUGGUGAUCCAGAAAGUGGCUGGCUGCUGCAGGAGAGUCAACCAAGUCUCCUAUAAAUAUUCCAAGGUGAACGUUGACGAGGAAGUUGGAGAGGAGGAGAUGGAGUGGCUGAUGGAGGAGCUUGAAGGCCCUCCCUCUUCCUCCUCGUCUUCACAGCGGGGGAAGAGUAGUCACGGAAACGGCCACAUCAAAACGAAGCCGGUGAACACGGACAGCCUGCGCUCGUUCUCCCUGGACGAGCAGGACGACAGCGACGACAGCGAGGACGAGGUGCUGAGCGUCCCGGGGGUCCGGGUCAAAUCCUCUGCUCUGUCCCACCUCUCUGCAGCCAGUCACAGCCCCUUCCUGCAGGAGGAGAGCGACGAGGACCUGGUGGGCCUCCUGGAGGACGAGGACAGGAAGAGCAGCCAACCUCGCUCCUCAGGCGUUAAUCACGGUAACAACACGGCAGCAAACAGGAAGCGGGACGACGAAGACAGCGACGAAGACCUCCUCAGGGUGUGAUGUCUCUUCCUGCUUCCCGCUCUCAACCAAUCUGAACUCUUCUCUCUCAGUGAAUGUCUCCAUAACAGCAACAAAGACACACCAACAGCAAAUUGAAAGCAGAAACCUUUCCUCUCUUUUGGGAUUUAUUUUGUAUAUGUUGGACUGCACCUUUUCUCGGCCUCAGACUCGAUCUGUCGGUGUUCUUAUUUAUUGAUAGCUGAUUAUUUAAAAGGGUCGUUUUUUGACCCGCAUCCUAUUUUUUUUCUCACAUUUUCUGUCAUCAUUUCUGAAUUAAAAUAACUUUCCCUAGUUUAGUUACUUUGAUCGAAUAAAAGACUACAAAUCAACCCCAGAUGCACAAAAAGCAUCUUUGACUUUGCAACGAGGCACGUCAGUUAAAAAGCUGAACAUUAAAUUAUAUUUUUCUUUUAUUUCUUGAGUUUUUUAAUGAAGUCGUGCCAUUGCUUUAGCACUUUAUUGUAGCAUUGAUUAACUGAUGUCUCAUUGCAGGCGAGGAAAACAUUUGGAGUUGAUUUUUAGUUUCCAGGAUUGUGAGUGAUGACUGUGGUAAGAUGUACGAUUAAGUAGCUCGAUAUGGAAAGCAUAUUUUAGGAGAAAGACACAAGCUAUCAAAUAAAAACAAAGGGGUGUCAGGGAAGGUGUCGGCUUGUUGUUUCUAAAGGGAAUGAAGACACCCGUCUUUUCUUGCUGUUUACAGUUGCUAUAACAGCUCUCGCGAUGCCUUCCUGAUGAAUCGUGUCCGGCGACCGAUUGAUAAUAAAAAAUCUCGUUUUGAUCAGAGACAUUGUACAUAGAGGAUUAUGUUCUAUAAUAUGGACGUUUUGUUUGUUUGUUUGUUGUCCUCACCGGUGAAUUACUCACACAUUUGUUUUUAUGAUUAUUUAAGUGGGUGUCUGUCCUUUGUGGAAAUAAUAGAGAUGGCCUUAAGUGUGAAUGGAUGGUCGACGAGGACGGAGGUUGAAAGAAAAAUAUGAAAUGUUUUGGUUUUUUUCACUUUUCAAUCCCCUUCCCUUCCUCCGUCCAAAAAGCCAUAUUUCUACCCUCCGCCGCUGGCACUAAUGUAUUGAAGUGGGGAAGUUGUGUUUCCGCUUGCACGCUGUCGUACAUUAAAGGCUCAGGUCUGUGAUUGUGGAUGUCGCUGCGUUGAAAAGUCCGAUUUUUUUUCUUCUUCUUUCGAAGCCAAUUCUGUUGUGCCGGAAUCAGCCCCUUCUUAGCCAAACGCAUGAAGCAUUAAAAUGUCAAGAAUGCGAGCAGGUUACUUACAUUUAACAUAUUGUCUGCUUUAUUAUCUAACUAGUGUAAAGAUGGGAGAUCCAGCGCAGAGAUAUCUGGGUAAAGUCAAUCAAACUACAGUGUGCACACAUUAACUGAGCAAGCCUACACAGUAUACACACAGAGUAUUUGUGCUCCUUUGGACCCAGACAACGUUUUUUGUCUUUUUCGGUUAUACAAUUAGGAGCAAUUUAAAAACCCACAAAGAGCUGAACAUCUGCACCCGUGUAGUUUUGGCCGCAACUAAAACAUAUUUUCAUUUUCCAUUAUUAAAAAGUCAAAAAAUAGUGAAAAGUGGCCGUUAUAAAUCCUCCAAGAGUCCAAGGUGAUGUCUUCAAAUGUGUUUUCCAAGCAAUAUUUUGAAACUCUUAAUAGUAAUAAUCUCUGGGACACUUUUGUUUUUAUCACAGACUUGAUUAUGUGUAAGGUGAUAAAUGAUAAUGAAAAUAACCAUUAGUUGCAGACCCAAGUAUCGUCCAUUUUCUUAUAUCAGUAUGAAAUGGGGUUUAUUCUCACCUGGACAAACUGAAAGAACUCCAAACUUGUUGUUGGUGAAUGUUCAACCUUGGGAGAGCACCUGUUGAUGAAUUGACAGAACGUGAACAACGUAUUGAUUUGACAUCACAAACAUAAUGAGCAUUGCUCACAUCAAUUACAUAAUUACAUAAUUACGACAGUACAUUCACAAUUGUGUUUUUCAGUAUUUAAUCCACAGGAACUAGAGAUAUUAUCAAAACAUGUCGUGCAAAGAAGGCUCACCUUUCAAGGUAUUUCUAAAGCUUUUUACACGCAUUUUUCUAGGAUACCAUUUGUCCAAAACACACAGAAAAAUGAUUUUUUUUAAAAGCUUGAAAUGGGAAACAAUCAGUAUUUUAUAUGGAUGAGUUUGGGAUGUCCCAUAAUAAUUAACAAGAAGAGAAAAACAUUAUGUCUGUCUCCUCAUGCUCCGGGUGUUCAGUCACUUAUUUUCCAGAAGUAAAAUAUCCAGAAAGAUUUGAAGCACAUUUUGUUCUAAAUUCUCAAUUAUCAUGUCACCUGUCGACCACAUCAUUAAGACAAGCGUUAGAAAGAGUUUAAGACAAAUAAAUGGAGGUUUAGUGCAGAGUUUAUAGGUCAGGUUUCCAAAGAACUAUUCAAUUAGUGAUAUUAUAACUGUCCACAAUCCAUGUCUAUCAAUUAAAACCACUCCUCAGUCCAACAUCCACUCCGUGUAAACCUCAGUUGUUGUCCUGAAAGUGUUUGACUUCCUGAUCCAUUCGAAGGAGGUUUGAACUACAUCUACCUGUGUUUGGCACUUUGAACUCAGCUCAUAUCUCACGAGUGAAAGUCGGAGCACUGCUCGUUACGGAGAAGAAGGAUGCUACCGUUUUUAAUAUGUGAAGUCUUCUUAUUUUCCAUCGUUGCAUCAAGUCUGUUUUGCUGUAUUUAGCAACCAAAGUUAGCGUGGCUCGUCUGCAUGGUACUCUGCGAAGAAAUGAACGGACAUUUCUUGUGCUUUUUUUGUCUGCACUCGAGCAGAGAGAUGGGAAAGUAAUUAAAAUACAGACAAAUGAUCUAGGAGGGUAUAGCGACUUUAAAAAAAAAAAGCACAAGAAGUUUUCUCUGAUGAUUGGGUACUAUGGGAGAUCAUUAUUCAGUUGGUGUACGUUAUGUUGUCUGAUGUGUUUUUCAGCUGUUUUCCUAUUUAAAAACAACAUUGAUGUAAAAAGUAUUGCAUUAUUUGAAUAAAUACGAUCUGCUGUUUAUCACU